CCCUUUUGCCUAUCGCCUGCUCGGAAGUUACGGGUCGGACCAGUCGGCGGCUACCACCCACCUUUGUUCCUCCAAAAAUAAUACAUUUUGACUUUCCAUAAUAAUCGAACGUGACAACCGCGAUCAGUUGGAUAACUGCCGAGCAUAAAGAGGGGUUCUGUUGGUCCGAACAGAGACAGCAUGGGGAAAAUAGAAUGGGCUAUGUGGGCCAAUGAACAGGCUCUGGCGGCGGGUCUCAGUGAGUAGAGAACUUUUGUCAAGUUUAGACGUCUGAGUUUGGUAUUUGUAUUAUGGUUUCAACUGUUAGAGGAAUGCGUAAUCCCAUUAGUUGUGAGUUAUUACUGUAUACGAAUAGAUGUUUUUCCAGUAGGUUACGCCUAACUAAAAACAAAAUGAAUAACAUUUUCCAGAUAAAAAUAUUAUCAGUCAUGACAUUAUAUUGGUAGUGAAAAUAUUUGUCAAAAUAAAACGUGUCUGUAUAAAAUACUAAAUCAAAUCAACUUGGGAAAAAAGUGUGCAAAUGAUUUGGUUCUUGGCACAUUUUGAUUUGAAAGUUACAGUAUAUAUAAAAAAGUGUCUUAAUCUGUGACUUGCAGGAACUGUUAUGAUAAACGAAACAUUUUCUUCUUCCUACUUCCUUAUUUCAGUUCUUCUUACUGGUGGCAUAGUGGGGGUGGCCGGCCAGUUCAGGGACUGGGAGUUUGCUGCUUAUGCUAUGUAUCCUUUCACUGGGGCAGAGCUGUCUCUUACAGUAUAAUUCCAUGCACAAAAUGGUAUCUAUUGUCGUGAUUAAAUGCUGAUUUACCAUUGACAUGUCACAAGGAAAUGUUUGUAGAUGCAUUAUAGACAUCUACACCAUAAUGUAUCUUAUUUGUGCAUUUAUGUCCAGAUGAGACCCACGUUUAUAUUUGCAUUGUAUAGUGAGGUCCAGGUGUACCUGUUGUUGUUGAGGAACCUUGACUGGUGUGCCCAGAGCUGCAGGGGUCUUUGUCUGUCUACUAGAGUACCCAAGGGGCAAGAGGAACAAGGGAACCAGCGUAGAAAGGACGUGAGUACCCACAUACACCAUACCAAGCUAACGUUUCUGUAAAGUCACUCUAACAGUGAUGCAACAGAUAUGUUUCCACCAGUUGAAAGCAAGUCAUAACAAGUCGUCAUCACUGAAAGUUUGUAAGUUCACUAUACAUAACUUCUAAUAUUGUGAUUCUUCCAGGGGUCAGUACUGCUUCACUGUCUGUGUGAAGUCAUUCGGCCCACUGACCAGGAACUACUAUGUCAGAGCGUUUCUACAUGCAGCGUGAGUACACAGUGUGUCAGUCUAAUCAGAUCUCUGGGCUGAGACUACAUUCUUUCCCUUCACUGUCUACUUCCAGCUAUAGCAGAGACAGGUUGUGUCAUUGUGCACAGUCAUUCCUAACACCACCUUCAUAGUUUAAAUGUCACAUUGCAUGUUAUCAGUGCGUUGCCUUUGUAACACUCUUUUUCUGUGUGUGUGUUUGUGUGUGUUUAUAGGAUCUGCGUUCCUGGUGGUUUCAUCCUUGCAACUGUCCUUGGCUGUGUCUGCCUCGGCAUAGCUAGCCUCAUCUACCUUGCGGUUAGUAUUUCAAGUAUUUGAAAGUAUUUGACCCAAGUUAGGUGGUCAGACAACAACAAGGAAAUGGUUCAGACAGGAAACGCCACGUAUUAGUUUAACCAUUUAUUAGAAGAUUACAAUAUAUGCAGUACAUUAGUCUUGGUGUUAGGCUCCGCUCCUUCGGGGUAGCUCACUGCCAGAGCAUAGAUCAAAUAAGAUAUAAUAAUAACAGGCAAUGAACAAGGUAUGCUAUACCAAUCCCCCUGACCGAAACAAAAGCAGAGUCCAAACAGGUGGAGGCUGGGGUGGGUGGUGGGAAAGCAGAAAACAGACACGCAUGGCGAGUAAUGCAUGUUACAGCAUUAGCAUGUCACCAAGAACACCAGCGCAUAGCUUACCCAUGGCAGCCAUCAGAGAAUGUGUGAGCAAACCUGGUCAACUAAAUAGACCGCCAUAUUAAGGUAGUGUGAUAAAUCUAAUUGGUGCAAUAUCAGCUGAUGCUAUCAGUUGAUGCAACACUCAGGUUUCCUGUAUGAACCUACUGCGCUUGAUUUACAAGGAAGCAUUUGUUUGCCCUCUGGUAUUUUUAUUGAGACAUUAUUAGCUAGUUAAGAAACCCAGGCUGUUAGGGGAGUGACUUGGCUGUUAUCACCUGUUGUUGGGAAUUCACUGCAUGCAUGUUUCUAGAGAGCAGCACCAGAGCAACCCAUUUAUCUAUGUUAAUUGAGGGAGCCUGAAUGAUCUUUUGUCUGUAUGUCUUCCAGGCGGCCAUCCGAGGGGAGCAGUGGGAGCCCAUCAUGCCCAGGAUGGAGAGUGCCCGUAAGCCGGUGGCAGAGAGCAUCAAGCUCCCUCCCCAGAACCCUCCACCACGCCCACCCGCUGAGAUGCGCAGGAAACGGGCAGAGGACCUGGAGGCGGCUGCCUAUGUCAACCCCAUCGCUGUCACUGCCAAUGACUAGAUCCCCUUACUGUCCUUCCCUCAGGCCUGCUGGGCUAAGCUCACUCAGGUUAGCUUAUAGUUCCACUGAGCCCCAACCAAAACCGAUAUACAGUGGGGCCCCACCCAGGCCAUGCUCACUCCUGACUGCCAUUGGCUGAGGGCCGAAUCCUAAAUUGAGAUAGAUAUGUUUGCAUAACUUAGACUUUUGUGUAAAUUGGGCAUUGGCAUCAAUGGGGAUUUUUUAUGGACAGGUAUCAAGUUAGGAAUCAGGCCUCGGAGAGUAGAGGGAUGUGGAGAGGACACACUGCUGCUGAUGUUUGAUGAUGUAUAAGGGAUUGUAUUGAAGUGAGAUGUUGCUGUGCCUUGUGGAUCUUUAGUUACUGCUUUUACAAAAGGUUUGUGUCCUAUGUCUCUGCACCGCCUGCCACAACUCUUUCAGUUACAAUAAUUUUGGUCCCCUAAAAAGGCUUUGGAAUGUAAAUGGCAAAGUUUGUAUUCUUGUUGUGACAGUAAGUUAUUUUGUGAGUAAUUGGAUGAAUAGAAAAUCAACCACAUUUACUGGCACAGAUCUAAUGAAAUUAUUUUAAAAGAGAAUGAAGAGCUAUUUAUAUAUUUUGUAUCCUCAGAAUAUACUGUGUUCUUUUACACUGGAAUGUUAACUGUUUAUAAGCAAGCACUGUUUUGCAUUAUCUCUUUCUCUUUUUGGCCAGUUUACUAUGUCAGUGGCCAACUAGCUGUAUGUUGGAAAGUUAUGUGUUCACCAC